UAAGCUUUUCAGUUGUUCUUCGACCAACCAAUUGUUCGUUUCGAAAGAAAAGCUAUUUUAUUCAUGUGAUUUACUUACUUUUAAAAAUGAAUUAUAGUUCUGCAGAUUAUGGAAAUUUCUCCAAGUUGGAACCUAUAUCUUCACAAAGACAAGGCAAAUUUCUUGGACCUCUAUUCGGAUUUUUUCUAGCAACUAUAUUCCCGAACCUAGCAAUUGCAAGACUUCAGCAUGGUUCUAUAAAAUUCCAGUAUGAUCCAGUACCACAAUACGUGAGUAAUCCUCCAUCAAUCACCAUCUUCCAGCACCCUCCUUCAACAUGGGAGCCCGCGACCAAACCUCCCGAGGAACUUCUUACAAAUGAACCACAUAUAAUGUAUUCAGAUCCCGAAGUGACCGCUAAUAAUGAUUAUAUAGUUCCGGCAGAAUCACAAAAAGUUACUGUCAAACGUUCUGCCUCACCACGUUACUUAAAUUAUAAUAGGAGAAUAAAUAGAUACAGCACUACACGUCGAAGAUUUCCUGAGUAUGACUAUUUGUAUGACUACUUAGCAAACCCUAGAUUAAGGAACAGAAUUAGAAACCAAGGUCGUAGACCUAUAGGAUUCGAUGAUGACUACGCUUACGAUUAUGACUAUGGGAUAAAAGCUCCUACUAAAAGGAAACAGCCCCAAUACCAACAGAGGCGGAAUAAGAAUAGAAAUAAAAUUGAUCGUGAUUAUUACAGCAGUGAUGAGGAUCUUAGUAAUGAAGUUGAAACUAUCACAAACAGCGUCAGACCAAGACAAAGGCAAACAACGACCGAAGGUACUACUACAACAACCACUGAAGGCACGACCAUGCCAUCCACAACUGUAAUUACUAAUGGAACCACUCCUAGCACAACUACCACAACUAAUCAGAGCACAGGAUAUGGUUAUGGCCCCAACAGCGGUAACGAGAACAUUAGCAUAACAUACGGUCCUCCCUCUGCGAUUAAGCCAGUCUACGGUCCCCCAAGCUCUAUAUAUGGCCCACCAAUAAGCGAUUGGGCUCCAAGCUAUCCCUAUGAAUCGCCGAGUUCUUAUUACUCUCCUACAUCGUUCCAAUCCCCCAGUAUCUCCCAAAGUUCCCCUUUUUCCCCUAGCGUACCGUAUCCAGCACCGCCUCCCAGUACUUCUUAUGGCUCUCCAACAUACAGUAAACCUUAUGCGACACCAAGUUCCUCGUAUGGACCUCCAAGUACUUCGUAUGGAGUACCUGGGCCAAGUUAUGGAGUUCCUAGCCAAACAUAUGGGGCACCCAGUCAGAGUUCAAAUCUACCAACUGCUUCAGGCCCAGGCAGAACAACUUACCAGAGUUAUCAGUUACCAUUUUCUUCUUGGUAUGGAAAGAGUUCUAGUCGAAGUGAUGUAAUUAGAAAGGCCCAAGAUAUAAUUAGGUUGGAUUAGGCACGCAAUAAUACUCUAAUAUUUAUGGAGAGUAAAUUAAAUAAUUUCGUGUCGUACCACUACCAAGAUAUAUAUUUUUUUUAAUUUGGGCAUGCCUUUCCGAAUUUACAAACUCUUAUUAUUAGUAAGUUGUAGUAUAUAUCUUGCUAAUUUAUUCUUUUUAAGUUGGCAUCUGGUUCCUUUUUAUAUGAGUUUAUUCUAAAAGCACAACCAAGUUUUGUUUUGUUAAUGUACUAAAAAAUAUAUAUGUAUUACUCAUAAUUUACUAAUUUAAUUGUUAAUAAAUAUCAUAAACUUUUACGGUGAUUAAUGUUAAUUAUAUCAAAAAAUAUUUGCGUAAUUAAUAUAGUUUUUUACGUU